AUGACGUAAACAAACAGAGAAGAAAAGAUGACGCAGAGAGAGAGAGAGAGAGAGAGAUGGAGAGAGAGGGAGAGAGAGAGAGAGAGAGAAGGAAAUGUGAGAUGAGAUCAUAAAAAGUGAUGUCAUCACGACACGCAAGGAUCAAUCUUUUUUUUUUUUGCAUUAUUCGCAUCGUUGAAUCUUUGAAUAGAAUUUAGACGUACACGUGCUAAUAGGAUAUGUACGUGUAUAUAAUACAUUCAAAAGCGAAAGUAUACUAAAUAAUUACAUAUAUACAUAUAUAUAUAUAUGUAUGUAUGUAUGUAUGUAUGUAUGAUAUGUAUAUAUAUAUAUACGUGAAAGCAGGCCAAGUCCACAUUUAGGAUGAAGGCUAUUAAAAAAAAUGGGGCAGUCGUGAUACGAAAAGAGGUCUUAAAGUUUGUACAUAAUAGUAGACGGUCGACAUACGGAUUGGAGAGUGAAAUAGGACAGAAAUAGAAUUAAAAAGAAAAAAGAAGAAAUAUAUUAAAUACAACGGGACAACCUGACAGUCGAUUGGUUUUGGCGGGAGAUUAUCCCGCCUUUGGCUAAGCAUGUGCGAUUAUAACGUGCUCGAUUGUCACAUGUCACACAUUGAAAAUUAUCAUAUUUGAUAAUACAUAUUUUGAUAAAUUGUCCAAUAGAAAGAAAAGGAAAGAAAAGAAAAGAAAAGAAAAAGAGAAAAAGAAUUAAAAUAAUUUACAAGAUAUUUCUAUCUGUAUAUGAUGUUCUCGUGAUGCAUUUGUUAACAUCAAAUUCAUCGAUAUUUAAUCUUUAUCAGGAAAGAUAGAGAAUGUAGAUAUGAAAUUGAUGAAAAUCUAUUCUAUUAAUAAUGGCGUCCUGAGGUAACGUGUGGAAUUUCGUAGAAAGGAAAAUUUUCUCUUUAGUUUUAUUAUAAACGUCGUGAGAAUCAAAAAGGAAAGAGUGUGGUGAUAAUGUGUUAUCGUCGAUGAAAAAAGAAAAAAAAAGAAAAAAAAAAUUAUGUAUAUAAAUGCAUUAAUAAAUAAAGAAUGGUGAGAUUUAACGCGUUAAUCGUCGAGCAUAAAUCUAUGAGAAUCGUCGUAACUAGGCGUAUCUCAGUUGUUGGAACAACGUUUUUCAACGUACAGUUGUAUUUUUAAUAAAUUCUUGAGACACAGUCUCAAUUUUAUUAUCUUUUUUUUUUCUUCUUCUUUUCAUCUUUUGUGCGUGUACGCGUGUAUUUCGUUCGUUUCUCAUUAGAAAAUAUUUUCUUUCGAGAUUGCAUAUUAUCGAUCGUCACGAAUAUGGAUGACGCGUGGCGAUCAACGUAUUAAUAUGAAAAAGAAGUAUUCGUGAGGCGUGGUGGAUAAUAAUUUUACAUAACAGUGAGGAAUACACGUUUAACAGAAAUAUCGUUCUCCUGGUACCGAAUGAAACUGGUUUGAUCGCUAUUUCUGCACGAGGUGCAGGUGGAGAACAGUGACCUUUCGAAUAGUGUGUCAAGUUCUCAUCGUAUAAAAAAAGAAAUAAGGGUUUAAUUUACGUGUUAUAGAAAAUGUCAAAUGAUGUAUAUACAGAUAUAUGGUACGAUGUUAUUCCACUUCACCAUAGGCCAGAAUUAGUUAAAGAAUGUUGUAAAUUGCUCAAUACAGAAUGGCCAAGAAGUGAAACAGCUCGACUAAAGUCUUUGAAGGUAUCUUGCGACGAGUUUCCUACAUGUUUGGUUUUAUUAGAUAGAGAAAGUCGAGUUCUUGGCCAUUGUAAAGUAUCUUUGAUACCUAAAGUACGUCAUAGCUGUUACAUUGAAUCAGUUGUAGUCGAUUACAAAUCCAGAGCUCAAGGAUUGGGAUCUAGAUUGUUACGUGGGACGGAAGAAUAUGUGGCAAGGAAAGGUUUCAAAACCGUAUACUUGAUAACAAAAGGUCAAGAACUAUUUUAUAUUAAAAAUGGAUAUACGAUUUGUGACCCCAUCGAAACGUGUGGAUUUAGAAAAUUUCUACCUCCUACUACCAUAGUCGAAGCAAAACAUAAAGAAAAAAAUACACUUUUUUCUGGUCCCCCACCUCCUCCAAUGCCACAAUUAGUAUUUGAAUAUUUUGAUAUAAGAAUGCUAUCUCAAAAAACACACAUGGUUAAAAAAUUAUGAUAAUUACAUUUUACAGAUUUUUUCAAAAUA